UCGUAGUUAGGCAUCUGUUUAAGGGCUUUGGUUAACUUCACAAGGUUUUGAAAGUUCUCGGGCGUAAGACAUAACGGUGUGUACGUGGUGAGGGUUUAGUUAGGAUCACUUGAAUGAUCACCUGUUACCUGACAAGAGUUAAGGUUUUGCAGUCAGACAACCAGCAAAACAACAACAGCAACAACAAAACAAUGGUAGCCACUGAGCCUUGGAUUCCUGCUAGUGUCUGCCUCAAGUGGUUGUGAGGAUUAAAGGCUGCAAACAUGUGUGCACUACUUAGCACGGGGCUAGGGGCUGAGUGAAUACCAGAGAAACUUUCUGUGGAAAAAGUCCUAUCUGUCAGAGUCUUAUAAUCCCUCAGUGGGGCAAAGGCAUCCAUGGGCUGGACUUAGAUCAGACCAGUUAGGAAUCACCAGAGAGCCAAGUUUUAUUUCAAAAAGAAGAGUCCCUUGCCCUGACCCACAGAUUUCAAAAUCUCUUGAGUGGAAUGGAGCUAUCUCAGAGAAUGAUAUGGCUGUAUUGCCAGAACCCAAAGUCCUAGGAUCACAAGAGACAGAGCAAAAAGCCAAUGUCAACGGAGAAAGUGUUCUUGCAUUAGAAACUUUGAGGGUUCCCAAGAGAACCAGGUCUCACUCUACAGAUUCUGGAGCUGAAGCGGCUUCAAAUAUUGUGGAAAAUAAUAAGGAUGUCAUAGCAAAGCAUGCACCAGUUAAUCAAAGUGUGGAGCCUGAAUGUCCUACCAAGCUUCCUUCAGAAAAUAUAGACAAUGGGUUGGAUAGACUUCUUCAGAAGAAAGCUGGAUUGAUGGUUCCUCCUUCACAUAAUGUCUUGAGAAAUUCAGAGUAUCAAAGGCAGUUUGUUUGGAAGACUCCUAAGCAAACGGCGCCUGUUUUUACAGCCAAUCAGGUUUUCCACAAUAAAAGCAAAUUUGCCCCACAAUUCAAAGGUAACUCAAUCAUUCAUGAAACUGAAUACAAGAGAAAUUUCAAGGGUUUAUCUCCAGUGAAGGAACCCAAAUUGAGAAAUAAUUUGAAAGAGAACGGGAAACUAGAGACAGUAUCUCCUGAAAGACAGUGUAAUAAAGUAGAUGAUCCUUUAAAACUAGAAGAAGAGAUGGAAUCGAAAGACUCAAACCAGCCUAAAAAGAAGCUUACUCCUUGGAGACAUCAAAGGCUUGGGAAGGUGAAUUCUGAAUAUAGAGCAAAAUUUCUAAGCCCAGCCCAGUAUUUAUAUAAAGCUGGGGCCUGGACACAUGUGAAAGAAAACAUCCCCAAUCAGGGUUCUAUAAAUGCCAUGUGGUAUGCGGAGGUUAAAGAGCUUCGAGAGAAGGCCGAGUUCUAUAGGAAAAGAGUUCAGGGAACACAUUUUUCUCGGGAUCAUCUGAAUCAGAUUCUGUCUGAUAGCAACCGCUGUUGGGAUGUCUCCUCAACCACAAGCUCAGAAGGCACCAUUAGCAGUAACAUUCGAGCACUAGAUCUGGCCGGAGAUCCUACAAGCCAUAAGGUUUUACAGAAAUGCUCUUCUGCAAAACUAGAAGAAAAAGGACCUGCUUUGGAAGAACAGCCUGAGAAGGAUAUGGACAGAGUGGACGUGUUAGACAUUCCCACCACGCCCGUUAGAAGGCGUCUGGCCUGGGAUGCCGAGGACACCCGUGAAGACAUACAGAAACAGCCAAGAGAGGAGGAGGUGGACAUGGAGGAGGAAAAGGAAGGGGACAAGCAGGUUUAUGUGGGAGAGCCAGAGAAGCUGGAAGUACAUGAAAAAUCUAAGGCAGACAAGACUAAAGAAGGGUCAGAUUCGUCUUCUGUAACCUCAGGAAAGGGGGGCAGGCUUCCUACUCCACAGCUGAGAGAGCUUGGUGGAAUCCAAAGGACUCAUCAUGAUCUGACUACUCCAGCUGUUGGUGGUGCUGUUUUAGUGUCUCCUUCUAAAAUGAAGCUUCCAGUUCCAGAACUGAGGAAAACACUGUCCUGCCAGGAUGGCUUUGAAACACCCAAGACUAUGUUUAGGAAGAAAGAAAGCCGUGCUGUAUCCCUUCUGACUUCUCCAGCUGCUGGUAUAAAAACAGUUGAUCCCCUGCCUUUGAGGGAAGAGUCUGUGGCCAAUAUUCCAAAGUUUGUUGAAGCAACUCUUCCAGUCUCCAACAUGCCAGACUCUCCAGCACACACCCCCGGGCAGUCUCCUCCUUCUCCUCCUUGCCCUCCAUCCUACUGGCAUCCCACCCGGCGCAUUCAGGGCUCUCUGAGAGACCCAGAAUUUCAGCAUAAUGUGGGAAAAACGAAGAUGAACCACUUCCACUUACCUCAACAUGAAGCCUUUAACGACAAAGAUGAGGACAGACUGUCGGAGAUCUCUGCUCGCUCUGCAGCUUCUAGUCUCCGGGCUUUCCAGACUCUGGCACGGGCACAGAAAAGGAAGGAUAAUUUUUGGGGCAAGACAUAAUUCAAUACACACCUCUUUGAGUUGCUUUUAUCUUGGGAACAACUGGCAUAAUUUUCCUUUAUUCCUUCUAUGUUAAGAGUUUUUUAAUGUUAGGUUGCCCCCCCCUCCCCAACAUUUCCUACUUUAAAAGAAUUGAGUUUUUUCAAUAGCCAAUUUAACUUACUUGGAAAAAUUUAAUAGAGAUUCAGAUAAAUUUAACCUUUAAAGAUUUUUUUUUCCAUUUUCCAUUUUCCCAAAGUAUUCACAAGGCCUAACUUUUCUAUCAGGAGGCAGUAGUAACUAGUAGAGUUCUGAGUUUCAUCUGUUCAAAGACUUGUUGCUUUAAAAGAAAUGUUUUGAAAUUGGAAAAAGAAAAAGAUUCAAGUGGCAAAUACUUAAUUUCCUAAAUUGGUCAUAUGUAUCUUUAUAAUUGUAGAUGCCAUAAAAUGAAUUUUUUCUUCUCCUAAAUUUUGCUGUGGUCUUUGUUUUCAAAAAGUAUCUUCUGUAUUUGGUUGCAGUUAUGAUAAUUGUACUUUAGAUUACAAAAUAUCAGCUGUAUAUAUUUUCCUAUUUAUGUAACAACUGCUGAGAGAAUAUGUAUAUUUUUGGCCUUUGAGUGUAUCCUAUUUGUAUAAGGACUUUGACAUACAUCUAACAAUGUCUGAAUUUUGAAAAAUUAUUUGUAUGAUGGAGAUUCAAAACUUUAUAGGCAUUUUGAAAUAAAAAUUGAUCAGGUGUUUAAAUUCUA